AUGGGCUCACUCAAGGCCCUCUCUAUCCCAGGCCAGGGCGAGUCGAGCGAGAAAGCCUUCGGUGGCACCUUCUAUCGCGACUUGAAGGCCCAGCAUGAUCGCAUCAACUUGUUCGUUCGAAGCAAGAGCGGAGAAAUUGAGCGCAGGCUGACCCACAUCCACAAGAGCCUCACGCGCCUACAGUCACGGCGCACGCAGCGUGGUCGGCUCCCAGCAAGCAUAGUCGAGAAGUUUGCCAAGAUCGACGCAGACGUCAACAAGGCGGGCGAAGAAAUUCGCGCGUUGUCACGGUUCCAAGUUGCUCAGCGAACUGGCUUUCGUAAGAUUCUCAAAAAGUAUAAGCGUUGGACGAAGGACGCCGAAUUGGAACGCCAAUUCAAGAGUGAAGUUACAAGUAGUCCGACCAGUUUCUACCAGCUGGACCUGGGAUACCUCCUGGAUCAAUACAUUGAAGUUCUUGGUGCUUUACGCGCCCCUUUCGAUGUCGCUGGCGCAUCCGAGUCCCCCAAUGGCGUGAAGCCUUCAUCGCCCACGGUGCGGAUCUCUCAAACUUGCCAGGAUGGGAGUGAACUUGAUUUCGAUGUUGCGUUCUCCUUGACGCCACUAGGUUCUCGUGGAAGCAAAGCUACAUACUGGAUACAUCCAGAUCAUAUCGUUGAGGCUGAAGUUCUUCUGUUGCAACAUAUGCGUCUCAUCACAGCGUCUAGCCCACCUACGACCAGGGGUUCACCCGAAGCAACUUCUCUCCGUCGCAAAUCCUCUACCACUACCGAUCGGUUUUUAGGUAGCGAAGAUGGCGUAGGUCUGUUGGUCCUUGACCAUCCAGAGUCGUUUGCCAUCAAACAGAACGCCAGUUCGCUUGGAUCUGGCGAAGAGACGGCAGGCACUUUGCAGGUAAAGGCUGCCGGUAAUGCUCGUUGGACCUCAUCUGGCGACGCAGCGCUUGCGCUUGAUCUUGAAAAGUCUCCUGAAGCCUUUCUUACAGCCAAGCUGGAGAGAAAGCAUCUGCCAGGCUUCCUCGAAAUAUCCACUCCUCUGGCAGAACUGAAUCUACCGAAUACGCAGGGAAAGGACUCAUCCCAGCUGACCGCUGAUGCUGAGACGAAUGUUACUGCGGCUCGUCAAUGGCUGGAGAGCCACGAAGGUGUCAGACCGAUUGUAGGGACCGGAGUCACUUGGUCGAGCGAGUUCGUGGGUUCUCUCUACAAGCGCAAGCAGUUUGGGCAUGUUGCCGACCAACCGCAAUGUCUGCACCGAUCUGGCACGGCCGGCUCAUCCCAGCUCUCGCCACCUGGAACAUCAGGCGCAUCCACUGGGGGCCAGACGAGUCCUUCGGCGCUUUGGAACGAUACAUCUGCCACUUCCGCGCCCGAGUUCGUAGAAGAAGCUCCGCCAUUGCGAGCAUUCCGGAAAAAGGGGAAGCCGUCUACGGUCCCGGAACAGCCGGAACCGGAACAACAGCGCUAUUGGAAUGAGUACGACAAUCCUGAAGACGGAGACGAUGGCUACUACAUCUACGUCGAUCCCGACGCCGAGGUCAAAUUUCCGGGACAAGAGCUAUUCGAAGAACUGGCGAGAAAGACACGCAGGCUGUUCGGUAUCAAGGAAGAAGCGGCAGAAGACUCUUCAUUGUCGUCAGCAGAAAGCAGCGAAGACGAAGAUUCCCCAGUGACUCCACCACACGGCUACGGCACAUUCGCUUCCUCUAAAGCCGUGCCACGCCGCCAAGGAUACUUCAGCGGCUUGUUGCAGAAGUUGCGUGACCCACAUCACGAUGUCGAAGCUCUCCUUACCCAGCGACGCGAGACAGCUCGUGAACACCGCAGUCUACUUAGGGAACUCGACAUGCGCCGGCACAAGGCCGAAAGAACGAAACUGUAUUUUUACACGACGUGCUUAGCAAUGGCAAUCGUCAUUGACGCACUACUGGGCACGAUGGUGAUGACAAGCCGCAAGAAGGAGGUCGGUGUAGUUGACUCGGUAGUAUUAUUUGGAACGAUCGUCAACCUCUUGCUGGGCAUGGUAGCUAUCAUCAGCAUGCAAACGAGGGAAACUCCGGGUUGGGUGCAUAAGGGGGGGGUGUAUAUGAUUUUCGCGGCCAACGUGGUGGUGGACGUCCUCUUUCUCAUAUGGGUGUUCAGGAGCUUCUGA